CGCCGGGCGCCGGCUUUAAAUGCUGGCCAGCGCGGCAGCACCGGCGUUCCUGCUAUCCUCAGCAGCGCGCUUGGAACACGUAGCCGGCCGCCAUGGUCGAGGCUUUCUGCGCCACCUGGAAGUUGGUAGACAGCCACAACUUCGACGAGUACAUGAAGGCACUGGGAGUGGGGUUUGCAACACGGCAGGUGGGGAAUGUGACUAAACCCACUGUGAUUAUCAGCACCGAAGGGGACAAAGUAGUGAUCAGAACUCAAAGCACUUUCAAAAACACAGAAAUCAGCUUUAAACUUGGAGAAGAAUUUGAUGAAACUACCCCCGAUGACAGAAACUGCAAAUCAGUUGUGACCCUGGAUGGAGAGAAGCUAGUGCACGUACAGAAAUGGGAUGGCAAAGAGACAAACUUUGUGAGAGAAAUAAAGGAUGGCAAAAUGGUAAUGACUCUUACCUUUGGUGAUGUGGUUGCUGUCCGCCAUUAUGAAAAAGCAUAGAGCGCACCUGACUUCUCUCCAGAUGUUACUUCAGCUGGAUGGAUUAAUGUCCUGUCCAUGAUUGAUUGUAGCUAAAAUGCACAUUUCUGGCGUGAAAGGUUAAUAAAGAUUUUUUUUGGGGGGGCAGGGGGGGAGGGAUCUUUUUUAUUAAAAAAAAAAGUCAUGCCAUUAAAUUGGCAUGCUUGUGUUGUAUAAUGAAACAGGUUAAACUUGGCAUUAAAUUUCUGAAACACUUGCCUCUCUCUUUUUUUAUUUUUUUUACAAUAAAUGGAAAAUAUUUGAAUUGUUUUGGAAUGUUGAUAAAACAAAUUAAAAGGUUUUUUGAA